GUCGCUGGGAAGCAGAGGUUCGCUGCUCAUCAGGAGACCCACUGGCUAUUUAUAUGUCACAUUAUUCUGGUCGAGCUUAAUCUGAUGGGAUAAAUAAAAUGAUGCUUUUGAAUUAAUCGGAUUUGUUCGUGAUCGCGGCUGGACUCUGAGGAGGACGAUGACUUGAAUCGGGCUGUAACCGAAAUUUUCUCCCCCAUAUGGAGCUGAAAUGUGAAAUUGCUCAAUUUCAAGUACGCUCUCUUUAUAUUGUUUUCCUCCGAUGAACGAUGGGUUCAAAAUAAUAGCAUUUCGAAAGUCAGAUAUCGUGUUGCGUCAUCUCCGUGGCGUUUUUGCAGCAAAUCUGCGGAUAAUAUUAUGACAUAUGCGCUGGGUUUUGGUUAUUUGCGACGCAUGGCGCAGGUCUGCCAUGACGAUGUGAUCAGAUAGUGAUCCCAGCAGGUUCCUCUCUGCCCCCUAACUGAGCCGCUCAUGAUGCCGAGAGCUUUGCGGAGACUGGUCCAUCUGGUGCUGUUCUGCCCUCUGUCCAAAGGGCUGCAGAGUCGUCUGCCAGCCAUUAAGGUGAAAUAUCUUCUCCUGGCCUGGCUGGGCAUCCUCAUCGCCAGCUGGGUCAUCUACAUGCAGUACGCUUCUUACUCUGAGCUGUGUCGCGGGCACGUCUGCCAUAUGGUCAUUUGUGAUCACUACAGAAGGGGCAUUAUAUCAGGCUCAUCCUGCAAGGCAUUGUGUGAUCAGAGAACUCUAACCAUGCAGCGCUGCAUGUCCACCUCCUCUACACACCAGGUGUACAGUGGACUGUGGAAGGACAGACCUGUUGUGAUCAAGUGUGGACUUGAGGAUCCGGUGAAGAUCGAUGGGGCUCCAGACUCUAUUCUGCGACAGGAGAUGACCUUAUUUGAAAAACCCACUCGUGGAACCUCAAUGGAUGAAUUUAAAGAGAUGCUGCACAGUUUCCUCAAGGCUAACCUUGGGGAUCAGCCAUCUUUGAACACAUUGGUGGACAGGGUCAUUACUCUGGCUGAUAUAAACCAGGACAGAAAAGUAACCCUAGCAGAGGCCAAGUCUAUCUGGGCUCUUCUGCAGAUCAACGAGUUCCUUCUGAUGGUGGCGCUGCAGGAGAAGGAGCACACCCCCAAGCUGCUGGGUUUCUGUGGAGACUUGUAUGUGACCGAACACGUGGGCCACAGCUCCCUCUACAGGCUGGAGGUGCCUCACUACCUGCAGGCUCUGGUUCCAGAGGCCUUGAGCUCCAGCCUGAACCACUGGCUCGCACCGGCCUGGCCUCGCAGGGCUCGCAUCACCAUCGGCCUGCUGGAGUUUGUGGAAGAGGUCUUCCACGGCUCCUACGGGAGUUUCCUCAUAUGUGAUGCCAGUCCUCGCCACGUGGGCUACAAUUCAAAUUAUGAUUGCAAGAUGGCCGACCUGCGCAGCGUGGCGUCUGAGGCAGUGGUGCGGGGAUUUAUGAGGGGGCGGCGGUGUGAGACUAACGCAGACUGCACCUACGGCCGGGACUGCACGGCCACCUGUGAUCGCCUGGUGAAGCAGUGUAACUCUGAGGUCGUGCAGCCCAAUCUGGCAAAGGUUUGUGUGCUGCUGCAGGAUUUUCUGCUUUUUGGGGCACCUGCGGACCUCCGUGGGGAUCUGGAGAAGCAGCUACGCACCUGUGUGACACUCAGCGGCCUGGCCAGCCAGAUGGAGGUACACCACUCGCUGGUGCUCAACAACCUGAAGACAUUACUGUGGAAGAAAAUCUCCAACACGCAGUACUCUUGAAAGCGUAUCAUCUGCAUACGGAGUGAAUGUGUUCAUGAACGUGGUCGUUUUUGCUCCUGAAGCUCUGUCAAAUGUUUUAGAAGGUGGUGGUUAUUAACAUUGACUGUGAACAUAAAACUGUGAUACCAUACGAAAAAGCAUUACAAUGCAUUAUUUUUGAGAAGCACAUUCAUCUGCUUGGACAUAAUAUUCUCAGGGCGCUGCCUCUAACUUUAUUUGUAAAAUAAUCUGUGAGUAAACUUAGUUUUCGAAAUACAUAGAAGAGUCUUGUCUCUCCCUACUGAAUGUCAAGUUUGACAAAGUGUGAUGAUUUUUGUACAAUUUUAAUUAUUGGUGGAAAUUAUUGAACUUGUUUUUUUUGUGUAUAAAUGACUCUCUGUGUAAAGUUCAGAUAAGAUACAAACAACAGAUGGAAUAAUGUAAAAGUACUGAUGUGUGCCUACUUAUAUUGAUAAUGUGUUUAAAUCAAACUGAACAGACUGGAGUUGUAUAUGAUAAUCAUGGUUAUACUUGAAAGAAGUUCUGACCUGUGAAUAAACUUAAUUUGGUUCAAAUAAUUGAUUUAAAAAUAUUGAAAAUGGUUACUCAAUGAGCUAUCUGACCUUCAAGAGCACUGUAUUUUGGGGUUGAAAACUGGUAUCCUUCCUAAAAUGGGUUGGAUAGAUGGAUUUUUGUCAUUCAUUAUCAGUUAUUUGAUUUAAAGGACCAAGGACAUUCAGACCACUGAUGACAGCUCUCAGUCACCAGUAACAGUCUCACUUUAGGACUCUAUGAAAAAAAUAAUCAGUAAGGAGGUGUUUGAGAUCAAUCAACCUCAUUUGAUAGAUGUAAACA